AUGCUCGUGGUAGGCUCACGCGGCGACGUACAGCCAUUCCUUGUGCUUGCACUUGCGCUGAAUCGAUGUGGACAUCGCGUACGACUGGCAACGCACAGCCUCUUCCGUGACUUUGUCCAAGGGCAUGGUGUCGAGUUCUUCGAUCUUGGAGGCGAUCCGAUGGAGUUGAUGGCAUACAUGGUUGCAAACCCAGGGUUGAUGCCGCGUUUCGAGGCGUGGCGAAAGGGCGAGGUGAUUCGUAAGCGGCGCAUGAUGAGCGAGAUCGUUCAUGCAAGUUGGCGGGCAUGUUUCGAAUCGACAAGGCGAUCUGCCGAGAAGAAAAAGGCCAAGGAGGGCAAGCUGUGGAACGAGAAACGUCGAGCGGCGGAAACGGAGCUGCAGCCCUUCGUGGCAGACGCGAUCAUCGCCAACCCGCCAUCGUUGGCGCACGUCCACUGUGCUGAGAAGAUGGGUGUUCCUCUUCACAUCUUCUUCACUAUGCCAUGGUCACCGACUUCUCAGCUCCCUCAUCCACUGGCCACCAUCAAGACAUCCUCUCAGAAGCCGAGCAGAGUCAAUGCGAUUUCGUAUCUUCUUGUCGAGAGUCUGAUCUUGCAGGGUUUGGGAAGCAUGAUCAACAAUUUUCGGACGAAGGUCUUACGCCUGGAUCCGAUUCAUCCAAGCAGAGCGCCAAGCUUGUUGCACAGCGGACGAAUACCACACACAUAUCUGUGGUCUGAGAGCGUAUUGCCACGACCGAAGGACUGGCCGUCGAAUAUCGGUGUGACAGGAUUCCUCCCGCUAGAAGGCACAUUGAAGUACUCGCCGCCAGAGAAUUUGCGCAAGUUUCUCGCCUCCGAUCCGCCUCCAGUAUACGUCGGAUUUGGCUCCAUCGUGGUCGCAGAUCCAGUGGCAUUCUUGACUAUCGUCGUUGAUGCAGUGCGCUCGACUCGGAAACGCUUAAUACUGGCAACGGGAUGGAGUGGUGGGAAGGGCGCCGGUCUAGACCUCGAAGGCCAGCCAGAUAUCUUGGUCUUGACUGCAGAGUGUCCGCAUGAUUGGCUGUUCCCGCAAGUCUCAUGUGUCGUACAUCAUGGCGGCGCAGGAACCACUGCUUCCGGUCUGAGAGCGGGUCGUCCAACAGUGAUCGUGCCGUUCUUCGGCGACCAACACUUCUGGGGUGACUGCGUUUGCGAAGCCGGAGCCGGGCCUCCUCCCAUCCCGCACAAGCAAAUGACGUCGGAAACGCUUGCGGCAGCUGUUUACUUUGCAUCUCGUCCGGACGUAGCCAAUCGUGCGAACGAGAUUGGGUUGCGGAUCAGAUCGGAGAACAGUGUCGAGAAAGCCCUGAUCCUGAGCGCUGUGGCAGCGGCGGUGCUGGCGAGAAAGCAGCUGAUCAACAUGGACGACCUGGAGCUGCACCGCAAAUGUGACCUGGACAUCGCACAUGGGCCAUACGAGCCGGCAUCCGGGGCUGCGUGGGCCAUAACGGAAUUACUGUUCGAUAGUCUUCGUGGGAUGGGCGAGAUACUAGCGGAGAAGGAGAUUCCCAAACGACCGAGCCGUGGCAAAGAUGCAAUCGUGGCGAGAGCCUCAAGCGAGCAAACUGUGGGGCCUCCCAGCGACACAGCUAAGAAAGCCUUGAAGUUCCCUGGAACAUACUUUGUCGAUGGCAGUUUGAGAAUCGGCAAAGCAGCCGUGCGGGCUCCUGGUGACUUCACCCUAGCAAUGGCUUACGGAGCGCAUGAUCUGCCACGAUUUGGGCUGGCGGCCGGUUGCGAAGGAUUGUUUUGGGGCGUCGCCGACGGUAUCUCGGGCCUCUUCGUGCAGCCAGUCGCCGGUCUCGUGAAAGACGGUCCGGUAGGCAUGGCGAAAGGAGCAGCUAGUGGGAUACUGGGCUUGCCUGUGAAGUUCUUUGCUGCUGCGAACGCAAUCGUUGGCUACCCUUUGAAAGGCAUAGAUCUUGCUGUUUCCGGAGCAUUCGCCACUGACGGCGUUGCGGCGAUCAAGCUUCAGACCAAGAUACAAGGAGAGCGAGAGCUCCGCAGUCUGGCUGAACAGUCAAAGCAAUUGAUCGUCCAUAGAUGGCAGGACUUCGUCAUUCAACGGGCACAGACUUGA